AAAACCGGUAGUGGAGGGGUCCAACAACACCUACCGGAUAAUUGCUUCGGACUUUGCAGGGAUCAUGACUUGGCACUUAGUGUCCUUGAAGCGCUUGGCGACUCUUUUUCGAGAGUGCCCAAGUCCUUUCCGGGAUCUUCGUCCAGUUCAUUCUCUUCAAACUCCUGUGCUCUCUCAGUUGCAUCAUCUUCAUCUAACGAUUGCCCAACGUCUACUAGCAUUUGCAAAUGGGAAGGCUGUGACGACUGCCAUGAUGUUGCUACUUCAGGAUUACUUUCCCACAUCCAGACUUCUCAUGUCUAUCCCCAGUUAUCAUCCAGAAAAACCCAGUAUACUUGCCUGUGGCGUGGAUGCAAGGUUUUUGGACAACCUAGUGUUUCCUCGAACUGGCUCUCCCGCCAUGUCCUUAGGCAUUCAGAGGCAAGAGGAAAGCCAUUUCAAUGCAUUUUUGAACACUGCGUCCUCCGCUUUUCUUCUACUGCCCUACUGGAACGACAUAUAGCUCGCGACCAUUCGCAAGAAAAUGGCGCAACGUGCGCCCCGAAGUCAUUGGAUUUAACAUCUAAGUCGUCAGCUGCACAACAGUCGGUCUCUUCAUCACCCCUCAUCAAUAAACAUGCUGCGACUGUGAAAAGCUGCUCCCGGAAAUCUUUACGGAAGCGUCGCAAGUUUCGUUGCUAUCGUGCUGCACUUCCACAGCAGCCAAUUCCUCUCGACCGACAUCCACACGCCGUCUCCGCUCGGGCGGCCCAGCUAAACCCAGUCUUUCCAAACCCAGUUCCCGGUCUCCAUCCUCUAAGCCCAUCGCGCAACCUUCCAAACCCGAUGGCUCGCAUGUCAAGCUCCUCCUCACCGUUCCUCAUACUGUGA